AUGCUCUGCCUGCUGCUUGCCCUGGGAGUGCUGGCGCUCAGCCUGGCAGGUGCCAUGGACAUCCAGGUCCCAGAUGAGCCCGUGGUGGCUCUUUUUGGGCGAGAUGCCACUCUGCACUGCUCAUUCUCCCCCGAAGCCAACUUCAGCCUCAAUGACCUGACCCUCAUCUGGCACCUGACGGACACCCAGCGCUCAGUCCACAGGUUCUCUGGUGGACAGGACCAGCUGGCAGACCAGGGGAGUGGCUAUGCCAACCGUACAGCUCUCUUCUAUGACCAGCUGGCCCAGGGCAACGUCUCGUUGCUCCUCAGACGUGUGGAGAUCUCAGAUGAGGGCAGCUUCACCUGCUUUGUCCGUGUCCAGGACUACAACAGCGCAGCUGUGACGCUCCAGGUGGCAGCUCCCUACUCCAAGCCCAAUAUGAACCUGGAGCCCAACAAGGACUUGAAGCCAGGAGAUCUGGCAGCCGUGACCUGCCAUGCUUCCCGCGGCUACCCCCAGGCCGAGGCCAACGUCCUCUGGCAGGACAGCCACGGCAGCAACAUCACUGAAAACAUCACCACGUUCCAGGUGGCUAAUGAGGAAGGUCUCUUUGAUGUCAACAGUGUCCUCCAGGUGCUGGUGGAGCCUGGCAGCACCUACUCCUGCCUGGUGCACAACCCAGUGCUGCAGCAGGAGACCAAAGCUUCCGUCACCAUCACGGGCCACCACCUCGCCUUCCCUGCUGUGGCUCUCUGGGUAACGGUGGGACUGGCCAUCUGCGUGGCGGGGCUGCUCGCCAUCCUGCUGUACAUCUGCCAGAAGAAAAUCCGCCAGAGCUCCGAGGAGGAGGAGAACGCAGGGACGGAGGAGCAGGAUGAGGAGGGGGAAGAGCCCAAGACAGCUCUGCAGCCGCUGAGGAGCACGGAGAGCGGAGACAGCGAGUGCGUUUGCCAGACAGUGGUGGGGGACCAUGACCUGCCUCAGGAGCAAG